CCUUCGCGUGGAAACUGUGGGUAUCAGGCCAUUGCCCAUGCUGUUAAUUUAUCCGGUGAAGACAGCUACAUAUUGGUGAGGCAUAAGUUGAUUGAGGAACUCACAGCACACCGUGAGGAUCAUGAAGGUUUUUUAGCGAUGCCAGUCAAAAAAUCCUCAAAACCUUGUCAAGUGCAACCUGGACAAGUCAUGGAAGGGGUUGCUGCGGUGCAUGAUGCUCUCAAUCGUCUCAAGAACGAUUCGGUUUCAUGCACCAAGGAAUUUUGGCUGAGCAUGCCUACAAUGGGAUAUGCCAUAUCCAGUGCGUUUGAACGCCCGGUUAUCUCACUUGCUAAUCAGCCUUGGAUGUGUCAUAGCUUCCUUCCUUAUCGGAUUGAAAUCAAUCGGAAAGACCCAAUUGUUUUGUCUUUUGUCGAUUCUUUCCACUUUGUAGUUUACAGCGUGAAGCCUGGUGUAUUUCCCUUUCCUCCUCUCUUUCGUCAGGGUUGGGCUAAUCACGAUAACUUGUGCGUGAGUCGCUGGAAGGAAGCGACUUCAAGCUCUUGGGCCCUGUGGCAGGAGUUGUAUCCUCCUACGAACAAAGCUCAAGUUACAUUGGAGGUUUGGUAGCCUUAGUAACCAUCUCUCAUAUUUUUACAAUACUUCUUAAAGUUGUUCUUUGUUUCUUCUCCUCCUCAUACUGUGUCUUGCUGUUGAUAAUCGUUGAAAUACUACAUGUGGUGAUUUUGAAGAG